GAAGGGCAUGGAUCGAUAUUUUUCCGAGGUUCACGGUCAUUGGAGGAUGGUUUAUUAGUGUGUCCAAAAUGGCGGGUCGUUAAUCACCUUCAUUGUUUUACUCCUUUUGUUCAUUAGUUUAUACAUUUGAUCGUGUUUACACGCGAUUUCCUCAUUGACGACCGAGGGGGAUGGAGCCGGAGAAGGCAGAGUCGGCGGAACAGGUGGCCAACGGCCAGCUUUUGAAGUCCAGCGUCAAAUUUACAGAAUAUUUUCAAAUGACGAUCAAGCCUCUUCUGGAGGAGGGCAAAGAUGGCGAAUUGAUAGACUGGUUAAAGGACAUAGGGCUGUUGAAACGUUCUCAGAAGUGCACCAACCCUGACUGCCAAGGGACCAAACCAAUGGAAUGGAAGCGGGCUCGGAUAGUGGACAAGUUCCACUGGUCUUGCCCACUCUGCAAGAAGAAGGUCUCUAUCCGGAACGACUCCCCUCUCGCCGAGUUUCACUGUAGCUUUAAGAUAAUCCUAGACACGAUCACCGCCUGGUGCGAUGGCGUCUCACUGGAGGAAUUCACAAAGGAGAAUAAGACAGUGAAGGGUGUUAUCGCCAAGCGUAUAUAUUCUACAUGCACGAAUGUAGCCAAUUGGUACAUGCAGAACCACCAGGACUUAUCCUACCUCGGCGGGGACAAUACAGUCGUACUCCUGGACACUUUCCCCGAUGGCUGCAUGACGACUACACCACAUAACAACAACUAUGGCAAACGUGUUCUCUGUAUGGCCGAUACCUCACACAUGCCCGCACGAAUAUGGACCCAGAUUAUUGACAAUAAAUCAUUGGAUUAUCAUAAGCUUUCAUCUUUGGUCGCAGAACACAUAAGACCAGGUUCAACAGUUGUCGCUAGCCCCGGCCUCUUUCCCCUGCUCCAUGGCACAAAGGGAAUGGCAGAGGUGAUCAGCGUUGACGCUCUCACCGCACUCGAUCCAAUUGACUACCAACGCUCUCUCAAAAAUCUUGAAACGAUUUGGAAGUCGACGGUGAGCGUUUGCCAGGAGAUUCAGAACCUAAGCAACACCGAGGGCGAGCAGACGCUGAGGGAACUCGAAUGGCGGCAAGUCUUCCCUACACCGCUGGCGCAGAUCUUGCAUGACAUUGCUUCGUAUGCUAACGCACGGGUUGCGUAGCAAUCACUUAGCCCCUUCUCAACUCUUACAAGGAUCCCUCAAGGGGAAGGGGCACUGAUCCAUGAGG